CUCAGUUUCCUCAAAGUUGUAAUUGCUCUCACUGUGAAAACACUUCAAUGGAGAAUGAAUUUGUUAAGACAUUUUCUGAAUCAUAUGCAAUGAAAGGAGGAGAGGGUCCUCACAGUUAUGCUCAAAACUCCAAAGUUCAGAGAGUAGGAAUUGAAGCUGCUAAAAGCUUAAUCCAAAAAGCAAUAGCCACCAAAUUUGAUGCCAACACUAAUUCUACUUAUUCUAGGAAACAAAUUUGCAUUGCAGAUUUAGGUUGUUCCACAGGACCAAACACCUUCAUUGCAAUUCAAUGCAUAAUAGAAGCAAUAGAGCUUCAAUACAAGUCAAAAGGUCUUACUAUCCCAGAUUUCCAAGUUUUCUUCAAUGACCAUAUUUCAAAUGAUUUCAACACACUCUUCAAAAACUUUCCAUCAAACAGAAACUACUUUGCAUCUGGUGUUCCUGGCUCUUUCUAUGGAAGAUUGUUUCCAAAGGAAAGUAUUAAUGUAUUUCAUUCAUCUGCAUCACUAAGUUGGAUCGCUAAGGUUCCUGAAGAGAUCACAGACAGAAGUUCUGCUGCUUGGAACAAAGGGAGAAUUCAUUACACAAAUGCUCCAAAAGAAGUUGUAGAUGCUUAUGCAAAUCAGUAUCAGAAAGACAUGGAAAUUUUCUUGCAUGCAAGAGCUGAAGAGCUUGUGGGAAAUGGACUAAUGGCACUUCAAAUUCCUGCUGCAAAUGAUGUAACUUUUCAUUCAGAAUUUUACUGGGGUAAAAAGUUUGAGCUUCUUGGAACUUGCCUAGUAGACAUGGCCAAGGAGGGAAAAGUUGAAGAAGAAAAAGUGGACACUUUCAAUCUACCAAUAUUUUUCUCACCACUUAAGGAUCUGAUAAAAAUUCUUGAAAGCAAUGAUGAUUUCAUCAUAGAGCAAAUGGAAACAAUAGAUGCUAAAAGCCACUUCAUCCCAGUUAAUGCUCAAAUGUUUGCUUCAUUACACAGAGCUGCACUGGAAGGAGUAAUUGAGAACCAUUUUGGAGAUGAAAUUUUGGAUGAACUCUUUGAUCGCUAUACUAAGAAAGUGAUGGAAAUUCCUGCUAUGUUGGAUAUGCAAAACCUUAAUGUAGUUGCACUCUUUGUCCUUCUUAGGCGCAAGGUGUAGUAGCAUAACUAGUAAUGAAUAAUAAUAAUUAAUAUGCAUUACUACCUUAAGU